GACAACGAUCCACAAUGCUGUUGCCGCUGCUUGUUUGUUUCAUGGUUGGUUCUAUUCAAGCCGCGCAAGUUAAAUAUGACGGGUACAAGGUUCUACGUAUUAGUCCGCAAAAUGAAUUUGAAAUGGAAGUUUUGAAAAGGCUGCAGAAUGUGCCAAGCUUGGAUUUCUGGGAUUUUCCUCGUGAUGUGAUGGUGUCGCCCGAGCAAGAAGAGUGGGUAACACGACGUCUGAAUAGUAAUGGCAUCCAAUACAAAGUAUGGAUAGAAGAUGUACAGACACUGAUUGAUAACCAGUUUACUAGUCGCAAUGGAGGAGAUGAUGUGACAGCCAACUUCUAUACACAGUAUCGCAGCUACGAUGAGAUUUUACAGUGGGUGAAAUCUAAACCAGUUCAAUAUCCGAAUCUUGCUGUGGAUUUUGCUUUUGCAGACACGUCGUAUGAAGGCAGAGAAAUACGAGGGCUGAAGAUUAGUUCGGAUCCCCAGCCAUUCAAGAAAGUGGUAUGGCUCGAAGCUGGUAUUCAUGCACGUGAAUGGAUUUCACCAGCAACACUUAUGUACAUUACCGACAGUCUUUUAGCGGACUAUGGCACAGAUCCUGACGUGACAAAAUUCUUAGAUACGUUCGUUUUUUACAUAAAUCCUUCUAUGAAUCCUGAUGGAUAUGAACAUUCAAGAAAUGAAGAUCGUAUGUGGAGGAAGACACGAUCGCCUAACGAAGGUAGUACAUGCAUAGGCACUGACGGGAAUAGAAAUUUUGAAUAUGAAUGGGGAGGCACUGGCUCUAGUGGACUGGCUUGUGCAAGUACGUAUCGUGGAACCCACCCUUAUUCAGAAGUUGAAGUUCUCACUGACACAAACUACAUAAAAGCAUUGGCGAGUGGAGGUGCUGACAUUCAAUUCUACGUAAAUUUUCACAGUUAUGGUCAAUUGUGGUUGCUUCCGUGGUCGUACACUGGCGACGAACGCCCACCAAAUCCAGACUACGACAAUAUGAUGGAAAUGGCUGCUUAUGGAACUAACGCAACACUUGCUGUCAGUGGCUUAGUCUUCACCUACGGGUCAUGCGGCGAGAUACUUUACGAAGCUGCUGGUAAUGCCAAUGACUUUGCGUACGGCACCAUGGGGAUACCGUAUUCGUACGUCAUAGAGCUUCGCGAUGACGGAGAGUAUGGAUUCUUAUUACCCGAAGAUCAAAUCAUUCCAUCUGGAGAGGAGACGUAUGCCGGUAUAAAAGCAGCACUUAAUUACCUUCUAAGUACUGCAUAA